GAGGCCCGAUUUGGACGCGAGUACUCAAUACCCCCUCAAUCGGCACUGGAGUUAGGAUUACUGGAUCUGGAGCUUAAUAAUGGGAUCGAAGCUAGAAAAUGGAUAAAGAAAGCACUUCACGAUUACAGCAAUUAUACGAAUGAAAACUAUGUCCACAUCCGGGCCUACGCGGCGCUCCGGGAGUUAGGCGUCUCCACCGAUAAACAUAGUGUGGAUCAGUCGUUAAGCCAGGAGUAUAGGGAUCAGUGGUUAAGGGAUAUUCGCAAUGAAGAGGAAAAUGUGGAUAAAAUACUUACCAAUGAGUUGGAGAUUAAUGAU